UUUAAACAUCUGAUUUGAGUAAGAUUUUCUCUUAUUUUUGUUUUUCUCUUUUUUUAAAUUUAUUUUGUCUUCUUAUAAAAUGAUCGUAUGAUAUUUUGAAGAAAAAAUUGUAUUUUAAUACAUUGUUUUAACAGCUUUUAAAGAGAUUUGUGAAAAGUUCUCUCAAAAACGCGGCAUUCAAGGAGCAAGAUUGUCGUUUUUUAAUUCGUUUUUAUUGUUUAUACUCAAUAAGAUAUAUUUCAAUUCCUUGUAUGAUCUUUAAAUUUAUAUGAACUGAAGGCUACACCAGAAUGAGCAAAGAUGAUACAGCUAAGAUAUCAAGAUGGUACUUUGGUGGAGUUGCUGCCUCAAGUGCAGCAGUACUAAGUCAUCCUUUAGAUUUAUUGAAAGUCCAAUUACAAACUCAGCAGGAAGAGAAACUAUCUGCAACGCAACUAACAAGAAAGUUAGUAAAAGAAAAGGGGAUUAUCUCUCUUUUUAACGGGGUUUCUGCUUCAGUUUUGCGACAAAUGACUUAUUCAACAGUUCGAUUUGGAAUUUAUGAAGCUGGCAAACAGUAUUUUGGAAAUGGAAACUCAAAAAACAUGGGUUUCGGAGAGAAAGUAAUUCUUGCUGGCACAGGUGGUUUUAUUGGAGGUUUUAUAGGGACUCCAGCAGAUGUCAUAACAGUUCGAAUGCAAAAUGAUCCAAAAUUACCUCCUGAUCAACAAAGAAACUACAGAAAUGCAUUUGAUGGUCUCUUUCGGGUCUACAAAGAAGAAGGAAUUCGCAGGCUCUUUACAGGUGCCAGUACACAUAUUGCUCGAUCAGUGUGUAUGACAGUGGGACAGUUAACUAUUUAUGAUGAAGUUAAAAGCUUUUUACUGCAACAUCAAUUUAAAGACAACUUAAACACACAUUUCAUGGCAUCUUUAACUGCCGGAGUUGCUAGUACAACGUUAUCACAGCCUAUUGAUGUUAUAAAAACUAGGGCAAUGAAUGCAAGACCAGGACAAUUUUCGAGCAUAUGGGCUGUUGUAGUUUAUACUGCUAAACUGGGCCCAAGUGGGUUCUACAAGGGCUAUCUCUUGCGUUUUAUUAGACUUGCUCCACAUACAGUUUUAACUUUUGUAUUUCUAGAGCAGCUUAGGCUUCAUUUUGGAGUUCAUCCUAAGUAAAAGAAAAACUGCGAUAAAGAGCCAAAAAUAUUUUAGUGAAUUGAGAAAGAUCUAGUCAUACUUAUUUUAUAUGUAGCACUGAUGAUUUGGACAAUAAAUUGAAUUUUA